ACAUCAUUUCACAGGGGACGCAACGCUGUUUUGAGGUUAGUGGCUACAUUUUAUUCGCAUAAAAUUAAUAGUUUUUAAAAGUACAUAAAGAAAUUUGUCAAUGCACUUCGAAUCAAUUGACAUGAACUGGACGUUUAAAUUAUCAAAAGCGUGAACAAAGGAUUAAGAGAACAGGCAUAGACGUGACUGAGGAAAACUAGUCCUUCUGUCUGUCUGUCUGUCUGUCUAUCUAUCUAUAUGAAUCCUAACACACCUAUUAAAAAAUCCUACAAGUUUAUGACACACUGCUGCUUGUGAAUUUUGUCGGACUCCUUAAACAAAUCAAAUAAAGACUCCAGGUACAGUCCCAUUGAAUCGAAGGGAUGAAAACACGGUCGUCCUCUCCACCCGUCCAUGUUCAUGUCCCUGACUCAACAUCUGUACAUGUUCACCUGAAGAAAAGUUCACAAAAAUGUCCAGCAGUGCCACCCAGCCAGCAAGGAAAAGGGAGCCAUUUACGAUCCACUGCCAGUGUGAAGGUGCGAGCUCCCUGGGUUCCACCUGGAAAGGUAUCUAGACGAAAGGAACACAAGUGGGAGGGGGCGACACGCUGUUUGGAGAUCAUACCGGGACCGGCCACUGACCAUUCCUCGCCUCCUCUGAGGCUCACUGAUUUGUCCAGUGAAGAGGAUGAUGCAAGAGGAGUAAUUGCCAACAUACCCAAAUAUGAGCGUCAGAUUGAAAAUCUUAUGUCAGAGGUUGACUUUAUAAGAAGUGAGGUAAAGUUACGUCAAACAGAGGACCAGUUGAAGCACCAGUCACAGCAGUUGAGUGCCUGUCACUGUUUGAUUGACCAACAUGAUGAAAAACUAGAGGAAGGCAAUAAGGACUUGAGAAGGUCAAAGCAUGAGAAUUCUGAUCUCCGGAGCACUGUGGAUGGGGCACAUGGCGAGCCUGGUAAAUUAAGGUCAGAAACAGAACCUCCACACCAGGAGAUAGAAACUCUGCUUAGGAAACUGGUGGAGGCUGAGAUAGAUGGCCAAGCUGCAGUCAAACAAGUGGCGGAUCUCAGGGAAACCAUGGGCAAACUUAGGAAGGACAAAAAACAGUCAAAGACUUAUUCUGAUCAGCUGGGUCGGCAACAUGAGCUACUAGAACAGAAGUUUGGCACCUUUGAAGAGACAAACCGCACUCUCCGACGACUUCUGAGAGUGCAGCAUGGACAGGAGACAGAUGCGCUACGGAGGUCUGAUGAGAGGGAGAUACUAUUGAGGAAACUAGCUGAUUCUGAGGCUAAAAAAAGGAAACUUGAGACUAAACUCAACAACAAGGAAAGGGAGGCCAAUCAGCUAGCGAACAAUUUGGAAACAGAAAAGGACCAUCUGAGAGGUAACGGAGAGCUUUCCAAGGUUCUUGAAUCCACCCGUAGUCGUCUGCAGAUCCAGCUGCAUAAGAAAGAGGCUGAAAAUAACCAGCUGGAGGCUCAGAUCCAAAGGCUGGAGAGCACGGUGCAGCAACAGCAGGUGGAGGUUCAGGGUCUGCUGGAGCAGAUGAGAGAGUUGAAGCAGCACUGUGAAGGGGACAGAGACAUCCACAAACAGGUCUUGGAGGACCAGAGAAAACGUGCUGAGCAAAGCGUGAAUACAGCAGCCCAGCUCUCUACACAACUCCUGGAGAAGGGGACUCUGUUAGCAGAGGCGCUCUCUUCUGCUGAAGAGCUUAGGCAGCGUUACUCCAAACAGAACAAAGAGAAGAGCAAACUCGAGCUGGAGAUCACCACAUUAAACAACCGGCUCAGUGAGUUGACUAAUCAGCUGCACAGUUGUGAGGAGAAGUCCUGUGCUGAGAGAGAGGGGCUUCUCAGCCGUCUGCACUCCCUCACCUCAGAGACCACAUCAACCAAACUGGAGAACCAGAGACUCAAGACUACUCUGUCAACUACAGAAGACAGAUUGUCUUUGUUUCAGUCUGAGGUGAAACAGCUGAAGAUCUCUCUCAAAGACUUUGAGAGUCUGGUAGAGGGUUACAAGAGCCAGCUGCAAAAGACACGCCUGGAGUCUGAGGAAUAUUCAUUAAGGCUGGAGCUGGCAGAGGAGGCGGCACGGAGUGACCGUGCAGAGGUGGAGAGAGAGGUGGAACAGGGCCGCAAGCAGCUCCAGGUCAGGCUAAAGGAGCUGGAGAUGCUGCAAGAUGCUCUGAAAUGCUCUGAGGAGCAGCUCAGGGAGGCCAGAGAGAACAUGCACAUCCAGGAUAGGAGAAAUGCAGAGCAGAACAGCACUCAUUCUGAACUCAGGAUCAAGAUGGAGCAGCAGAGUUGUCAGAUAGAGACAGUCCAAGAGAAGAACUUGUUUUUGCUUGAAGAAAACACUCAGCUGAAACACACUGUGGAGAACAUGGAAAGGAAGUUGGAAGAGGUGAGCACUCAGAACAGGGAUCUGCUUCAGCUUAUUGCCAAGCGUGAAGAGACAAUCCACAACAUACAGCUGCGUCUCGAGGAGAAGACGCAAGAGUGUGACUCCCAUUUCAAACAAGCAGAGCAGGCUAGGGAGGAGGCCCAGAGACAGAUGGACCAGAGCCUAGAGCGGAUGUUGUCCAAAGAACGGUCAGCUCAGUCCAAAAAGCUGGAGUUAGAGACCAAGCUGAGCCUGGCUAAAAAUGAGCUGGGUCAGCUACGCCGCAGCAAAGAUGAUAUGGAGAAGCGAUUUCAGUGCAAACUUCAAGAUAUGAAGAACCAGUUAGAGCAGAUGAACAGCACCAAUUUCAGCUUGAAGAACUAUGUUCACUACCUUAAGGCCUCAUACACCAAUGUAUUUGGAGACUCCGCAAUAACAAGUUCACUGAACAUCCAUAUCUAAAGUGUGUC